GCUACUCAGCUGUGUUCUCCCGCUCCAGGGCUCGACCUCCACCUCGCCUUCUCGCCCGCCCGAGGCCUCGCGAAGAAGAGUCCAAGUCACCACAAGACUGCUCCUUCACUGACGUCCGAGGGGCAAAGGAGUCCCGUUUCGAGGCGGCUGACCUGCCUGGGUCACCUGGGAGCCAGGAGCGCUUGCCGACGCUGACGGUGCCAUGGACCCUGAGGGCAGACCGUGGGAACGCCAGGGACAGGAGGGCAGCAAUGGCGCAGGACAUCCGAGCGAGCACAUCACCAACCUGCUGGUGUUCAGCUUCCUCAAACACUGCGCCCACUGUAACUUCCGAGAUGAGCUGGAGCUGCUGGGCCGGGAGCUGCCCACAGCGGCCUUCCUGGAGCAGGCCGAGGACCUGCAGACAGACGGCAACCGGAGCAGCCACUUCCACCUGGAAGGAAUCGCCGCAGAUUCCGACAGCCAGGACGAAGUCAUCCACAACAUCGCCGUGCGACUUGCCCAGAUGGGGGAUGAGAUGGAAAGCAGUGUCCAGCCAGGUCUGGUGCAAAACCUGGUGAUGCAUUUUAGGAACGCGAACCUGUCAGAGGAAGACAGAAGGUGUCACCUGGCAGCUGCCCUGGACCAGGUCAUGCAGGCCUUCCCCAGGGACAUGGAAGUGGAAAAGACCAAGCUAAUGUUGGCCAUGCUGUUGGCCAAAAAGGUGGCCGAUCACACGCCAUCCUUGCUCUGUGAUGUCUUUCGCACAGCUGUGAACUUUAUUAACCAGGAUCUACUCGCCUACGUGAGGAACUUGGCCAGAAACGAGGUGGACUGAGCAGGUCUGAAGCGUGACGGGCACACCGGCUGUGGUGACUUCAGGACAGCUGCUGCUGCUGCGGGAUGGCGCCACGGCCGCUGAGCCAAAGUUCUUAGAGAAGAGAGAUGUCAGCUAUUUAUUUCUAUUUUACAGAUUUUCAGUAGUGACCAAUUUAGAUAUGCUGUUAUACUUGAAAGAACAUUGCAUUUUGCACUCCCCAAAUCCCUCGUUCCUUGUUCCUCAUUUCGGCGGUAUGAGAGCUCACAGAGUUUAAAUUUUAAAACGGGGUAAAGCAGAAGGGAAAGAACGUCUUUCCUGUUCAAGCUGUACCCUUGGGGCUUGCUCUGGUGGCAGUGUCCUGUGUGAGGCAAGAGCAAGGACAUGCUCACACCCCUCACAGAGGGAGGCCUCGCAGGGUGUCAAUCAGUCCUCUUCCUGUUCAAAACCAAAUGAAACCAGGGGUUAGGGCUAGGUGGCGGAUCCAAACGACGGGAAAAUCAGAUCUUAAUACAUAGGGCUUCUUUUUCCCACUGGACUGUCUUUGAAGUCACCAGCCACAGGAGUAGAUUCAGGGUGGUGAAGGUGAAGUAAAGGCCCCUGUCAGUCACUGUUUCCAAACCUGGGUAAGUAGCUCUCUCAGCAAGAAGCCACUUGCGUGAGCACUUCAGGUCAAGGAUUGCAGAGCUGCCUCUUCACAAUCUCACCACUUGCAUCCCGUCGCUGAUGGCUCCGCUGAUGCCUCUGGCAGGGACGGGUUUCUCCAGAUGGAGGGGCAGAUGGACUGCCCUGUCUCCCUGGGGGCUCACAACUGGAAUACAACUAAUGACAAAGCCAAUCUCAGGUUGUGCCCAGGUCAACAGGGCCAAGAGAAAGCUGUAGGAUUGUGGCUCCUGAUUACAGGCAUGUGCCCCCUUUGGGAACACUGCAGUUAGGUGCUGGGUCUGGAUGGCAUCCGCUGCCCUUAGGACCACAGGUGCAGCUCGUUGCUGUGAACACAUUGCUACUGAGCAAGAAUGAUGACAGUGCUGUGACAUCCUGUUAGGCAAAACCCUUUCUGUUCCUUCAAAGACCAAAAGGAAUCUGCGCUGCUGCCAGUCUGAUGUCUGCAUGGCCGGUGGGGCUGCUGCCGAAGGCUGAUGCACAGCAGCCAGCUCGGUGAGGCUAGACGAUUCAUUGCUGUGCAGUAUAAUGGCUACCAUUGGGAAAUAAAUCUCACAGUAAUGCUA